AUGCUAAAAAUUCUUGCACCCACCCUAAUGCUUAUUCCCACAGUAUGACUUACCUCCGCUAAAUGAUUAUGACCUACUGCCCUUCUACAAAGCCUAAUUAUUGCACUCGUCAGCCUCCUCUGACUAGUAAAUUUUUCAGAAACAGGGUGAUCUUGUCUCAACACCUAUAUAGCAACAGACCCACUCUCUACGCCUCUACUAGUCCUUACUUGCUGAUUACUUCCCCUUAUAAUCCUUGCCAGCCAAAAUCACAUGACCCAUGAACCCUUAAACCGGCAACGUAUAUUAUACCUCCUAACAUCCCUACAAUUCCUUCUAAUUAUAGCCUUCAGCGCCACAGAAAUUAUUAUAUUUUAUGUAAUAUUUGAAGCUACCCUUAUUCCCACCCUUAUCCUAAUUACACGAUGAGGGAACCAAACUGAACGUCUAAACGCAGGUACAUACUUCUUAUUCUAUACCUUAGCAGGCUCUCUCCCCCUUCUCGUCGCCCUUCUUAUUUUACAAAAUAACACCGGCUCUCUCUCCCUCCUAAUUAUUCAAUACUCCGACCCAAUAACUAUACAUACUUACGCAGACAAAUUAUGAUGAGCAAGCUGCUUAUUGGCCUUCCUAGUAAAAAUACCGCUUUAUGGUACCCACCUGUGACUUCCUAAAGCACACGUAGAAGCCCCCAUCGCAGGCUCCAUAAUCCUUGCAGCGGUACUUCUAAAACUAGGGGGAUAUGGAAUAAUACGAAUACUACCUAUACUCUCGCCACUCACUAAAGAACUCAGUUACCCAUUUAUUAUUUUGGCACUAUGGGGUGUUGUAAUGACAGCAUCAAUUUGUUUACGUCAAACAGACCUAAAGUCCCUCAUUGCCUAUUCAUCAGUAAGCCACAUGGGUCUUGUAGUAGGCGCCAUUCUUAUCCAAACGCCCUGGGGUUUCACCGGCGCCCUUAUUUUAAUAAUCGCACAUGGCCUAACUUCCUCCGCCUUAUUCUGCCUAGCAAAUACUAAUUACGAACGAACCCACAGCCGCACAAUACUCUUAGCCCGAGGGUUACAAAUAGCCCUGCCCUUGAUGGCUACAUGAUGAUUUAUUGCUAGUCUUGCCAAUCUAGCACUCCCCCCUCUCCCCAACCUUAUGGGUGAGCUAAUAAUUAUUACCUCUCUCUUCAACUGAUCCCCCUGAACCAUUGCCCUAACUGGAGCAGGGACCCUAAUUACCGCAGGCUACUCUCUCCACAUAUUCCUCACUACCCAACGAGGCCCUCUUCCAACACAUAUUAUUGCCCUAGAACCCUCACACUCUCGAGAACACCUAUUAAUAAUCCUACACCUUCUCCCUUUAAUUCUCCUGAUCCUCAAACCUGAGCUAAUUUGAGGGAUAACCUCCU